AUGAAAUAUAAAGAAGAAAAUUUCGAUGAGAGAGAACAGACUAUUAACAGUGGCAAUAGUGCUGAGCAAGCGGCCAAUGGCGAGGUCGAUGAAGAUUUAGUGCUCAAUCGUAGAGCAUUCAAUAACAGCAAAAAGAUGAAAAGAGACUACAAUGACGAGGAGAAAAACGAGUAUUUUGCCGAUGCUACCGCAAACAGUACUGAAGGCAUUACUCUGGAUAUGUAUAACACACCCAUAAGACAAAAUCGAACACGUCGCGUUAUAGCAAAAACCACAACGGCAACGCACAAAGUAAAGUUCUUCAAAAUGGCCUACUUCAGAGAAGAUGGUCCACCACCAAAAACUCGAGAUGCAGUUUUGUAUUUAUUCCGUGGCAUCACCAUUAUCGGACUAUUGACUCCAGAUUAUAACAAGAAAUGUUUUUAUGUUUGGUCUCUUUUCCUAAAUUCUCUAGUAACCUUGUAUAUGCCGGUCGGCUUUCUGCUAAGUUUCAUCAUGCGUCUGCAUUCUUUCAGUCCGAGUGAAUUUUUCACAUCUUUGCAAAUAUCUAUAAAUUGCGUUGGCGCUUCACUUAAAUUAUUUGUAUUUAGUCUAAUGUAUAAACGCCUUAUCAAGGCUACGAAGUACAUGGAUAGACUUGAUCAACGCCCCAUUGACAAGCAGGGAGAGUUCAUGCUUCGUCAGGCCGUCGCUUAUAGCAACUGCUCCUCUUUAUUAUUUACUUUGUUAUAUUUAUCGUAUUCUAGCAGCACAUUUUUAUCGUCUGUAAUUAACGGAAGGCCGCCAUAUCAGAUAUAUAACCCAUUUAUUGAAUGGCGGAACAGUACACGAAACUUCAUUAUACAGUCAGCUAUCGAAUAUGUAAUGAUCGAUUUUCACUGCUAUCAACAGGCACUUCUUGAUGCGUAUCCGGUAAUUUACAUAAUGAUAAUUCGCGCACAUUUGCAUAUUUUGUCACGUCGUAUUUCGAAACUGGGAAAGGAUGAAAAGCUUAAAAAAAACCAACGUUAUGAAGCACUUGUUCAAUGCGUUUUGGACCACAAAAAUAUUAUGCAUCUUUAUAAUCUAUUUAGCCCAGUUAUCUCUGGCACCAUGUUUGUGCAGUUUUUGAUCAUCGGUAUUAUUUUGGGUGUUACAACAAUCCACAUAGUUUUGUUCGCAAAUUUUUUUGCGAUUGUAGCAUCCUUGUUUUAUGUGGCUUCCAUUUUAGCUGAAACAUUUCCUUGCAGUUAUUUGGCAAACAGUUUAAUGGACGAUAGUGAUGAGCUGUCGUUAGCCAUCUUCCAUUCCGGCUGGCCUAAUGAAGAGCCGCGUUAUAAACAAGUUGUCGUGUUCUUUUUACAACAUACUCAAAAAACACUUGUGUUAACGGCAAUGAAAAUAUUCCCGAUAACAAUGAACUCAAAUAUUAAUGUAGUGAAAUUUGCUUUUUCCGUGUACACUCUUAUAAGUCAAAUGGAUUUGAAGCAGAAAUUGAAGGACAGCGUUACUGGUCAGGAGGAUUAA